GGCAGCAGCAGAGGGGGAGGGGAAAGAGUAAAAUCAUUACCAUCAUCUUCAUUAGAGAGGAUCCUGCUGUCCAAUCAGCACGCCGCUCCGCACGGGGAUUCCAUAGGCACCCCGUUGGCUGUCGCUAGGAUACCACAUAAUCAGGAGGCAGGCCGCGGCCUGGUUGGUGGAGUCGGGUGUUGAUGCUGGGACGACGAGCUCGCUGUGUGUUGGGGGUAGACAAGAGGGGCUGGGGGUUUUGGAUACGGCGCAGAUACACGCUCGCACACGCUCAUUCAUUCAGUCAGUCAGCCAACCAGCCAGCCUCUCAGUGAGGCAGACAAAGAGGAGCAGCAUCCUGCAGGAGGACAGCACGCUCCCGGGGGAUGGGGCAUCAUACCCCUGCAUCGCGUUGGGGGGGUCGGAGGAGAUUAAAUCUUUCUUGACAUUCUACAUGUGUUGCUGGCCUCACAUUUGAAGUUGAGCUGCUGAUGAGGCACAGGAGAGCCAUUCAGAAGAGCCGAGGGUCAAAGGUGAGAAGAGCAGAGGGCACCAUGGAGAGUGAGCCGGGGGCCCCUGCCUCCACGGCCAACAGCACCGGGACCACCGCCGCCGCCUCCUCCACCGCCACCUCCUCCAGCACCACAGCUGCCAGCAGUAGUAGUACCUCUAACACUACUUCUACUACGUCUACUACUGCCACUAGCAGCAGCAGUAGUAGUAGUAACACUAGCAGCAGUGCCAGUAGUAGUACUACAGCAGGGAGACAGACGGUGCCUCAGAUAUCUGUUUACAGCGGGAUACCGGACAGACAAACAGUGCAGGUGUUCCAGCAGGCGUUACACAGACAGCCUAACACAGCAGCACAGUACCUGCAGCAGAUGUACGCCGCUCAGCAGCAGCAUCUGAUGUUACAAACUGCGGCCCUCCAGCAGCAGCACAACCUCAGCACCGCUCAGCUCCAAAGCCUGGCUGCUGUACAGCAGGCCAGUAUCGCAGCUGGCCGGCAAAGCUCUUCACAGAACGGCACUUCAUCCCAGCAAACAGGAUCAACUCAGGCUACGAUCAACCUGACCACCUCCCCAGCAGCAGCUCAGCUGAUCAGCCGGGCUCAGAGCAUUAGCUCCACCCCCACCAGUAUUUCCCAGCAGGCUGUUCUACUGGGCAGCCCAUCGAGCCCCACGCUCACGGCCAGCCAGGCACAGAUGUACCUGCGCGCACAGAUGGCCCAGCAGAGCAACCUGGUGCAGGUGGCCAGGAGCCUGGGCCGGGCUGUUCCUCUUUCCCCACAGCUCAUUUUCACUCCAACAGCCACAGUGACGGCUGUGCAGUCAGAGAGCUCCACGCCGGCCUCUUCACAGAAUCAGGUCCAGAAUCUUGCCAUCCGCGGCCAGCAGGGGGCGACCACGUCCUCCUCUCAGACUCAGACGCUGCAGGCUCUCAGUCUGAAGCAGAGCCCUGUGCCCAUCCAGCCUGCCUCACUCAUCAAAAAUCCCAGCCAAGUAACGCAGGCCUCCACGGGAGGGAAGGCCACCUCCUCCGACGGUUCAUCUGAGGCAGGGAAGAAAGGGGACAGUACGGCAGUCACAGAGGUCCGAGCUAUCAACAUGAGCCGCAGUGUGACAGCUGUCAGUGCGCAGCCCCUGAUUGCUCCAGCGUACACGCAGAUCCAGCCCCACUCCCUGGUUCAGCAGCACAAGCAGCAGCAGCAGCAGCAGCAGCAGCAGUUUGUGGUCCAUCAGAGUCAAGCUUCCCAGAGGACAGCAGGCCAGCUGCUGCAGACAGCCUCCAUUCAGCCAUCACAGCACCCUGUCCCCGUCCUGCCCAAACCUGCUCCACACCAGCCCUCCACGCCCAGCCAGCAGGCCACCAUCUUCCACUCCACCAUCAGCCCCCACGCCCUCCACUCCUCCCUCAACCAUGCCAAAGCUCAGCCCGUCCAGCUCACUGCCAUCAACCUACAGAUACAGCCAACGGCCUCUCGUCUGGUUCAGGACAGCAAAGAUAAGCCAACCUCACUGGUGGUCAGAGAGACAUGUCCAGCCCCCGCCACCCAGCAACAGCAGCCACAACAACAGCAGCAACAGCAGCAACCUGCGCCUUCGCCAUCACAACCCGGCAAGCCCGUAGAGCAGCCCAAGGUUGACCCAGCCACGCCAUCUGUUCAGCCACAAGCAGGCGGAGGCUCAACCAAGAGGCCGAGUGCUGCACCUGGGACCCCACCUCCAGCCAUGACCUCAGGAAAUGAGAGCGAGGCGCCCACCGUGACGGGCAGCACGCCGCAGAACGGAGAGAACAAACCGCCCCAGGCCAUCGUCAAGCCCCAGGUCCUCACACAUGUCAUCGAAGGCUUUGUCAUCCAGGAGGGCGCCGAGCCGUUCCCCGUGUGUGUGGAGCGUCUGCCCAUUCUCAUCGACAGCCCAAAGAAGCUGGAUCAUCAGCUCUCCUCAGACCCCGACAAAACCCCCGUCAGCAACGCAGGAAACACAGACUCUGAGCCAGAGGACAUGAACCAGCCAGAAAAGGAGCAAGAACCCAAGCUGACCUGUGAAUACUGCGGCUGGGUCGACUUUGCCUACACGUUCAAAGGCUCGAAACGAUUCUGCUCCAUGGUUUGUGCAAAGAGGUACAACGUGGGCUGCACGAAGCGGAUAGGCCUGUUCCGUCCAGAGAGGAGUAAACCAACGAAUCGCUGGCGUAGAAGAUCUCAGGGCCUCUCCAGUAUAGAAGCUAAGAAGCAGAAGCUGUCCCCCUCCCCGCAGCAGCCUCAGGGCGGCUCUGUAUCCUCACCGCAUCCCUCGCAGCCCAGCCAGGAGGAGUCCAGCCCGUGUUCGGACAUGUCCAGCUAUGAAGAACCGCCGUCUCCCCUGUCAGCGGCCAGCUCAGGACCCCCGCCUCCUGCACCGGCACCAGCACAGGUCCCCGUCCACCGGCAUCCGAGCAGGGCCUCGGACCAGGAGAGCUGCGCUGCGAGAGAUGCACCUUCGCUCUGUCAGCGCUUCUUACCCAACGACCCCACCAAGUGGAAUGUGGAAGAAGUUUACGAGUUCAUUCGUUCACUGCCAGGUUGUCAAGAGAUAGCAGACGAGUUUCGCUCUCAGGAGAUUGAUGGACAGGCCUUGCUCCUGUUAAAGGAGGACCACCUCAUGAGCACCAUGAACAUUAAACUGGGACCUGCACUCAAGAUCUUCGCACGCAUCAACAUGCUCAAAGACUCUUAGCAGUAAAGAGUGUGUGUGUGUGUUCCGUGCAUUGAUCUAAGUGCGUCUAUUUUUGUGUGUGUUUGUAAGCGUGCGAGAGAAGAGUGUGAAACUUUGGCAAAUGAUGUCAUCGUAGCACUGACGACACAGACUGACUGCACUAUGACCUCGCCUCCUCCCCACUACUGGACCGGUUCCUUUGAGUCUCACUUGGACUCAUACUCACCUGCAGCUGGAGCACUGGAAGCUGUUAGUCUGUGUUUACGUGCACUCAGAGGGUUAAAAUCAGGAGCCACAGUGAGAUCUGUGCCAUAUUCCAAAAUGUUGAUUCUCACAAUAAAUGAUUGAAUUUACACCAGGUGUUAACAUGCAGGCUGUGUCGGGAUAUAUGAUAUGAAUAAGAAAGAACGCAUGUUAAAGUCAGGUGUAAAUGCAUGUAGAAGUUUGCAUUUUGACUGCUAUUGGCUCCUCUAGAUUAAAAUGUGGUCUGGCUCACAUUAUGAUCAGAUCUCAGACAGGUGUAAAUGCCGUCCAUGCUGCAUUUUUGGGCUUUUUGUGUUUGUAUUAGUGAGUUGAUGUGGGGGACAACAUGUAACAAAGGACACUGCGGUUAAUGGAGGCCCCUUAUGCCGGGUACACACUGGAUGUAGAAGUGCCGCUAAGUGCUACCCUCUUCCCUUCAGCAACCAUGUUAACCAGUUGAAAGCUAGCUCACAAUCUGCAGCAAAAGUUUUGGCAUCUGGUCUGUUUUUUCCAUGAGUGAACCUGGCAAGAAAACACGCUAGUGAUUUAUUAUAAAAGAUAUAUAGGAGAUAUUACAUACAAUAUAUCUCUGAUCAUGAUAAAUGAUGAAAUAUGCGUUCACUGCUCCCACGUAUUAUUUGUUAGUUGUGUCUAAACAAAGAGCGAGAGAGACAAGCGGACACACAAAAGCAAACAGAGACAGUUCUCCAUGUGAUUAGAACAAAGCAGAGGAGAUGAAUCACUUGCUGGCCGAAGCAAAGAAAUACGCAUGUGGUACAAACGGCCAAGCAACUGCUGAGGGGCUUAACAGUUGACAUGUCAUACUGCUUCUGCGUCCAGUGUGAACAUGGCAUUAGGGUCCUGACACACCUGGCCGACUGAUGGCCGUCAGUGAGAAUCUGUCGCCCUAAUUUUUGCAGUGUGCGCUGUUAGUACUUCUUUGCUCUUGUUGGGGGCUUUUUGCCAAACGAAAUCCCUCUGAUUGGCAGUUCGGCUCGGUGCAGAAGAGAAACGGAAGUGAGGAAAGUAAACAACUAAAGUCAAAAGGGUAUGAGAUGGAAACAAACUUGUAUCAGGCAAGAUUGUUUAUUUUAGCCACUGUGCUAUUUAGCAGAAACGGUUCGUAAUUGUUUGUGUCAUUGUUAGCUAGGGCACGGUUAAUAUCAUUUGUUCUUUCACCAUGAGGUUAAUGUGCCAACUGGCUAACUAGCAUCUUAAGUCCGUCUUGUUGGUCUUACGGUUUCUCUCUCUACUGCGUCCUGCUGCUAUGGGGAGUUGUUUCCUCUCAUGCAGACGCAGAACAUACGUGCUAGUUGGCUGUUUGAGUUGUGUUCAAGUGCAACUUUUUGGCCAAGAUACAGGCGACAUGAGGCAAUGCACGAGUCGGCAUUUGUCGCCACUAGUUUGGUUUGGUGUGUCUGGGCUUUUAAAACCCCUAAGCCCACAGCAUUGCUUUCUUUGACCUGAGACGUGUCAUGCUGUGCUCCUGUUUUGCAUAUUAAGAUCUGAUCAUAAUGAGGGCAGAACUGUGAUAACAAGACCGCUUAUUAAUUCCAGGUGUAGAGGCAAAGGUCUUAAUUACAUAUUAUCCAGAUAGCAUAUCCAGAUACAGAGUCCUUGAUAACAGCAGGUGUAAAUGUGGUCUCAAAUUUGGCCCACAAAAAAACACAGGGGAAGUUUAAAGGAAAAUGGAGACGUGAAUAAGAGAAGUUGAAAAAACAAGUUUUAGUGCCAAAGUGCACCGUCUGCCCAGUUGUGUCUGGGCUGGGUCAUACUGCAACACAGUGCUGACUGAAUUACGACAUUGAGACAAACGUGACUGAAAUCUGAGUUUAUAAUUAUUAUUAUUAUUAUUAUUAUUAUUAUUAUUAUUAUUAUUAUUAUUAAUAUUAUUAUUAUCAUAAGAGAUGUUUUUGUACAGUUGUUAGUGUGUGAAGGAGAGCCACGUCUCUCCGUGUGGCUGGGAACAGAAGAUUGCAUUCAUUAAUUUUCUCAUUUUUAUUCAGCAGAUGCUCCUUUGCCUUUUCUCACAAUAAGACUCUCACAGCUCUCGAAUACAAAGCUCGAAUGCGGAGAAAACGUUUAAGCGGUUUCUUUUGUGACAUUGAUUUCCCUUUCAUGAGGAACUCACCAGUUUUUCUCCUGUAGAUUUAAACUGCUUACAAAUGAUUUUUUUCGCCGCUUUUUUUCAAAAUGAUUUACUAAAAUAUGACAUUGAUUUCUUGUCUGGGCUUCAUAGGAGGACACUAAGUUAUCUAAGGAACAGUUGGGGCGUGCUGCUCUCUUCACACAGCCCGGCUUUUGGCACUUAUUUUCCUUUUCGUUUGCUUUGGUGUUAUGAGACACUCCGACUAAAGUGAGAGCAGCGUUUGUGCAGCAGUGCAAACAAGUUUAUAUGUACAUAGCCGCUUCAGAGGAGAAAGACUGAAACUAAGUAUGAAGCUGUCUUUUCUUUUUUAAGUUAUCCUUGUUAUUUUAAAACAGAAAUUUAAUGGUGUUUAAUAUUUUUGAAAUAUGCAAAUGUAUAAAACUUCAUGGCCUGGGAGUUGUUUUUUAACUUUUUUUUUCCUAAUGAAAUAUGAUCAAAUCUAUUUGUGUUUUUUGUGGCUGUGAUGAAAGGUCAACUUUUUUAGAUAAGGCUUUGUCAAAUGCUUGUAUUUAUCGAAACAGUUUGUUACACAACAUUUUGCAAUUAUAAAUAAUUUGCAAUUCA